AUGGGAAUUGUGUCCUCUCCGUCUCCUACAACAUCCAUCAUGGCCGCCGUCCGGGGAGGCGGCAAGUCUCCGGAGCCUCGUGUUUUAACAUCGAAAAAAGGACAAGAACACACUCUGGGACUAAAGAGGCGCCCGGAUCACAGCAGCGGGACAGACGAAGGAGUUUGUCCGUGUUUAUCAUUUGACAAACGUUGGCGUAAAGCUGGGAUCAGUCCACUCAAGUCCAACCUGUUCCCAGUCCCGAUAAGUGCAGAUUUGUGGGUCUCCGAGGGCUCGGGCUGGACCUAA